AUGGCUGGGAGUAUUUUGGAUUCAAACUCUUCUCCUACGUCGUUGACUGCUGCGGGCAAAAGGCCAGAAACUACCUCCAACGAUUCUCAUAAUCAGCCCUACUUGGCGCCUAAUUCUCACAAUCCCCGUACUUUCCCCUCAACGCUCUCUCUUGACGAUCACGAUCACGACGUUGCGUCACCACCAUACAGGCCAGAAGCUAGCACAUCCAGUUUGCACGGUCAAGACUUGUUGCUGCACCCCAACCAUCCAUAUUCCAGUUAUCCUCCUAGUCCAGCGUAUAGAUCGCAGGCAAAUAUGUCAGACGAACUUCACCUAGAUGGUGACCGUCGCGCUACUGGAGACACUAAAUGGGAGGGAGAACUCAGUGACACGAAACCUAAGGUCCAUUAUCCCGACAUAGAACCGGUCCCCGUUGUUUCCGGUGACGCCAUUUCACCAGCCGCGAACAAAGGUCACCUUCGACUGGACGAAAUGCCUUCAAGGGAUUUCAACCGUUCUGGAACAAAUAGUCCGGCAGAUGCGAUGUCGCUCGCUGGAACGGACGACGAAGAAGACGAUAGUGAUUAUGACUGGAGCGGUGAAGAUGAUCUGGUUGACGAAGAAGCCAAGUUUGAGCAGCAGAUGGGUGUUAAACCCAAAAAAACAGGGUGGGGAUUCAAAAGAAUUGUCACUUUACUCUUUUCCUCUCUCCUCGGCUCCACACUCGUUGCCGGAAUUCUCGUCACACCCGGUAUUCUAAUUCACUUUUAUUGGUUCAAUAACAAUCCUACCUCUCACCGAAAAUACGUUGAGCAAAACGUUCAAGCAUGGCUUUUCUGGGCUGCUGCGAACCUUCUCUUAUCCUGGUACCUCGCUGUCAUCGUCGAUCUUGUCCCGACUCUUGCCACUUUCAUAAUCGCCGCUGUAUGGGGCCAUGUUUCCGAGGUAUUCAAAUCUCGCGUCGAACUGUACAACUCCGUCAAAAACACUUUCAAGCCUGUUUUGUACGCGGCUAGUGCUUGGGCAAGCUGGGUUAUCAUCUUUGGACACAUCUUCAAUCUGUAUGACACCGUAGACACAAGCCAAAGCCGGGCUGGAUAUACGCAGCGACUUUAUCAGGUGGUAGAAUUUCUUUUUUUCUUCGUCUUGGUGAUUUGCGCGCAGAAGAUGCUCUCGCACGCUAUCGCGUUCGCGUUUCAUCGUACGGCGUUUAAAGAACGUCUCGAUGAAGUGCAGUAUUCUUUGAAAGUUAUCGAGCAGCUGCGGAAUUAUAGGCCCAAGCAUGAUCGUUUUGGCAGACAAUCUGGUGCCAGAUCCAGUGGUUGGGCAUGGGGUACGCCAGUACUAGAAAAAGCCGGAUUCGGCUUCGGGAAGAGCCAUAAUAAAGGACUUUCGUCCUCUCGUCUACAUUCACAUCGAGGCACAGAAGAAGAUGGUUAUGGUGCCGAUGCAGACAAUGACUAUGAUGAUCGGACUGUGGUGGGUACAUCGUCCAGAAAAUCUACUUUAGGAAGCACAUUCGGGUUCUCUAACAAAGGCAAGAACAAGAACAAACGACAAUCUGGUAACUUCCCCUCUCCCUCUGGAGGUGGUGAUCACGAACUCGGUGUAUUCUCUUCUGCUACGUCCCCUCACGGACGUUCCCCGAGCUCUCCUUCACCGGACACCAGUCGCCCUAUGACACCCUCCACUGCGGCUCCAUUCAUUUUCAACCACACAAAUUCUCCCGCUGGUAUAUCCCCUUCGGAGAACGGCGGUCGCGGCACUCCACAUCGCUAUCCCCCAGGCUCAGGCAUGAACACCGCCUCUCCGCGCCCCUCCCUCGACUCCAAUCACGGAGCAGGCGCUUCCGAGACACUCGCCGCAGCAGCCAAGGUUUUGAAAUCUGCCGUCCUCCACGAUGCGCGAAAUAUUCGCGGAGAUGCCGAUCAAAUUGGGAAUGGUGGUGGUGGCGCCAUAGGCCUGGGUCAUGUCGGGUCGAGUUCAGAGGCGAAGAGAUUGGCGAGGGCGAUUUAUCUCAAAUUCCGACCCCUUGGACAAGGCAGGACGUAUCUCCUACCCUCAGAUUUUCACCCUGCGUUCCCUGAUACGACUACCGCCCAAGCAGCUUUCAGAGUGUUUGAUAAAGAUAAUAAUGGGGAUCUGUCUCGUGCUGAAAUCAAGACUACGCUACUCAAAGUGUAUAAGGAACGUCGGUUCCUUGCUCGGUCUAUGCGAGACGUUGGAAUAGCACUCAAAAGCUUGGACGGGAUUCUCUUGUUCUUUGCGCUGGUUAUCGUAUUCUUCAUCAGCUUGUCGGUGUUCGGUGUACAAGUUGGUGACUCUCUGAGUAGUGUCUAUACCCUGGGUAUUGGUGCGAGUUUUGUCUUCAAGGCUAGCGCGAGUAGCGCUUUUGAUGCUAUAAUGUUCUUGUUUGUAACACACCCUUAUGAUACCGGUGAUCGAUGCUUCAUUGAUGAUGAAAUUCUCGUGGUGAAAAGGAUGGGCCUGUUCGCUACGGUUUUUGCACGAGUGGACGGGACGGAGACGUACUAUUUCAACAGUCAACUUUUCACAAAGUUCAUUACCAACGUCCGUCGUUCCGGCCAAAUGUACGAAAAUGUAACUCUUCAACUCCAUUGGCGGACCCCACUAGCUAAACUCGACGCUCUCGAGAAAUUCUUGAACAAUUGGCUGCAGACAGAGCAAAAUCGAUGGUUCGUACCGAGUACCGCGAUAAUGUUGCAAAGUAUCAAUUUCCAGAGAUACCUGGAAGUGACGAUUGGGAUUGGGCACAACGGAACAUGGCAAGAUUGGGGCCUCCGUUGUGCUCGUAAAACUGCUUUUCACGCUGCUGUUCAACAUUACACCCGUAUACUCGGCAUCGUCUGCUACGAGUCAACCCAACCAAUUGUCUACAAUAACUCUUCCGAUUCCCCCGCAAUAAAUAUCUUGAACGACGGCAGCGUUCCUCCGCCUUCACCUGGGGGUUAUGGUGGCUGGUCGGGAUCCGGUGGGUAUGAACUGGAACCAGGUCCAGAUGGUGGUGUGGACAUCGUCUACGGAGGAAAUGGCACUGGUGCCACCGCCGAAGGUACGAAUACCAUGUCACCCGCUGCGGCAGCAGCUCUUGGUGUAGGUGAAAAGGAGAGUGGACUGAAGACUGCACUCGGGUUUACACCUCCUGAGGGCUUGGUUGGCGCGCAUCUGAGAGCAAGGAAGACGAAGAGUAGGAAGGUCAUGGUUGGGUUGGCUGGAGAUGGGUGA